CGAAUUGCGACACGCGCGGCUGGUUUCCUCACAGCGCCAUAUGAGGAGAAAAAGGAUAAAACCCGCCUGUUUGUCGAGCUAAAUUUGAAUACGCAAAAUAAAGUAACAUAAAGGAGGCACGCGGGGUGAAACAAUUAAAUGUAAUGAAUCGCAAUGCAGUGUAUAUGCCGUUUUAUAACCGCCUGAGUGCUAAUGCAAGCGCCGUGCAAAAAGUGGUGGUGACGCCUCUGGGAGGUAGCGGACUUUGAAAUCCUUCACAGUAAAAUGAAAGCAAAACGUGGAAAUUUUGAAUGAGAGUAAUGAGAGUGUAGCAAGCGUGACUUUCUUGCGAGUCGGUCUGAGAAUGAGUUCGCAAGGUACUGAAGAUCACAGUGCUGUCAAGAUGCCCUGUGCGUUUGAGCCAUAUAAGAAACAUAAAAACAUAGGCAAAUGUCUAAUCAUCAGCAACGAGCACUUCCGCUCACCGCUUUUGUGUAGAAAGGGCUGUUCUGUAGAUGAAAAGUACCUUUCGAACAUGUUCAAAUCCCUGGGUUUCCACGUACAGGUGGAGAAGAACCUGUCAGCUAAUGAAAUGAUUGGUACACUGACGAAAGUAUCUAAAGAGAACCACGCAGACAAUUCCUGCUUUGUGUGUGUACUGAUGAGCCAUGGAGAGGAAGGAACAAUCCUUGGAUCGGAUGAGUCCUGGAUGCCUAUCAAAAUUCUGACCUCUCUCAUGACCUCUGACCUCUGCCCUAGUCUGCGGAACAAGCCAAAACUCUUCUUCCUACAGGCCUGCAGGGGUCUGGAAUAUGACCCCGGUGUUGAGGCAGACAGUGUAGAAGCACCCUGCGAAUUCUUUGGAAUAUCUGACGUUCCCGAGGCAGAUUUCCUCUGCUGUUACUCCACGGUGGAAGGGUACUACUCUUGGAGAAAUCCAGAAAAUGGUUCUGUAUUUAUCCGUGUACUUUGCGAGAUGUUGAAGGACUGUCAUCUAGAGAUUAUUCAGAUUUUGACAAGAGUAAACCAUCGUGUGGCCAAUCACUUCCAGUCUUACACCACAGCCCCGGAUACACAUAGAAAGAGACAAAUGCCGUGCUUUGCCUCCAGACUGACCAAGGAUUUUUACCUUCAAGUGCCUGAGAAGAAAUCUUAAAUUUAUUUUAAAUGACUGUGAUAGAUUUGCGAAGCAGAAAUAUAUUGAUAUAUUAGCUCUUACAUGCAAAUAUGUACUUUUUAUUCGAUGAUCUGUAUACGAUACAUAUCUUUAAUCAGUACAACAUGGCAGAUCAAUAUAGUAAAACUGUCUAAGUGCUCGCAAUUCAUUAAAUACUUCAGGUUCUUCAUCUA